UGAUUGUGAUUUGGGAACAAGUUGAGCAUGUGUUGAGAUGUGGGUGAUGAUUUCUGCAUGCAGUCCUUGUGAGGCUAAUUGGUGGCCAUUCGUUUCAGUUCCUUGUUAGCAACAUUAGCCUUGUAGCUCUGGUGCAGACGUAAAGAAUACAGAGAUGUAGGGGCAACAAACAUCUUGGUUGGUUGAUUAUGUUUGUAUGAUAGACUGUGCAACAUCUGAAUUUUCUCCGAAUCCCACCUUUAAGAAGAGGAGCAGGGGUGUGUGUUUGUGUUUUUUUUUUUGUUUUUUUUGGAGGAGGAGGAGGAGGUGAAGCACAAUGGCGCCCUUCAGGCUAUAUUUAUCCUUUCCCCUUUGGUACACACGAGCCCUGCUGCUAUUCUGAGGGUUACGGUAAGCAAUCCCAGCAUCCCCUUCUCCAUUUCCUUCCACAAUAAAGUAAAGAAAAGAGCUGUAAGGGAAUAGCCGGAGGUGAUCCAGUGCUCAGAGGGAGAAGUGUAACAGUGUGCCACUGUUAGACCAGGCGUUGUGUUUGUGUGCAGCACUGUGACUCUCUGCUUUCAUAAUAAUAAUAAUAACAAUAAUAAUAAUAAUAGUAAUAAUAACAAUAAUAAUAAAGAUGGUGGAGACGAUGGUGAGCGACUCCCAUUUUCAGAGCCAGUUAGCGUCCAUAAUGGAAAUGCUGGCGAAAACGGCUGUACUGGAAAUCGGGAAACUGGUGGAGGAGAGUCAUGCGGUGUUCAGGAGAGAGAUUUCCCGCAGGAUCUCAGAGAACCAGGGGCUGAAGAAGAAGUGCGAUCUGUUAGAGAGCGAGCUGAAGGAGAGCAGGAGGAGCGCACAGGAGAGAGCCGAGGCGCACAGUGUACCAAAUAAAGAAGCUGGACAUCGUCCCACCAUCGACGGCGUGUUUGGGAAGGAGUGGUGCAUGGAUCUGUGGAGAGACAAGGAGUCUAGUGGAGUACAGAAGCAUCAGGGCCAUGUGGACCCGUGUAUGGUAGAGUCUAUUGAUCUGAUGGAAGAUGAAGGACCCGACAUGAUCAUCAUCAAAGACGAGACGUUUGACGACGGUCCGGGCAAAAGCAAGCCACAAGCCAACUCGAGGAGCAGUGAGAAAGACCCUGCGUUCUCGAGUGUGGAACAGGACGUGGCUCAGAGGAGUGAGGAAUUCCUCACGUACGCUGCGGCGUUAGACAACGCGCAGCCGAGACGCGCAGCCGAGCAGACGUUUGACAUCAGAGCAGACCCGAGACCGUCUGCGCUCGGAGACACCGCCACGUCGUCCAACGUGAGCUCGGAGGAGUUCGGCGGAUUCUUUCCUGCUAACAUGCCCAUGAACGCUCAGAAGAACUUCACAGCCGGUUCGGAGCAGAAGAAGUUUGAAUGCGUGUUCUGCGGAAAGAACUUUAACUACUUAAGCUAUUUAAAAGUGCACUUACGGACGCACUCCGGAGAGAAACCCUUCGGCUGUACGGUGUGCGGCAAACGCUUCGCUCAGAAGACGUACCUCAAAAUCCACAUGCGCACUCACUCCGGAGAGAGACCCUACACGUGCAUGGAGUGUGCCAAGAGCUUUUCACAGAAGAGUUCGCUGAAUAUACACCUGCGCAGCCACACCGGAGAGAAACCGUACAGCUGCGUGGACUGUGGGAAACGCUACGCUUAUAAACACGGCUUCAACAUCCAUCAGUGCAACAGCUAAACCUAUUAGUGUUAACUCUGUAGCUAGGAUAUUCCAAUAGUCAACACACACACUGUGCAUUGUGCAGAUCGGCACAUAACACUCAGCUACCAGUUUAGGUAAACCAAGCUACAGUUACUGACUGCUUAAAUUUAUUGGCUCCCUCCUCUACCCUGUCCAUCAUUACAAAGGUACAGAUGCUCAGCAGAUGUUAUUUGGGUGGUGUACAUUCUUAGCACAGUAUUAACACUGACAUACUGAGGUAGGUGUGUGUGUGUGUGUGUGUGUGUGUGAGUGUGUGUGUGGUGCCAGUACGAGUGUAUCAGGUACAGUAGUGUUGUUGUUGGUUUUUUUAACACCCCAAUAGAAUCUAAUACAAAAAAAUGCUUGAUGGGAGCAGAAAUAAUCGGAAUUACUGUAUAAAUAUUGACAGGUCCCUGGAGGACUAGUGGUUAGGCCACAGCGCUCUCACUGCUGCGGCCCGGGUUCAGUUCCUGGCAAGGGAACCAGCCCCAGCGUGCAACAGUGCGCUCUCAGUGCUGGUCCCAAGCCUGGAUAAAAUUGGGGAGGGUUGUGUCAGGAAGUGCAUCCGGCAUAAAAACUGUGCCAAAUCAAAUACGUGGACCAGCGACCCGCUGUGGCGACCCCUAACGGGAGCAGCCGAAAGAGGAACAACAACUUUAUACAUAUUGUCAACUUUUUUUCUGUUUAACUUUAGCUUCUAAGUAAGGGAUGAAACAAGUUUUAUGUGAGGAGAGGUUUAUAUAACAUUUAUGGAAGGAGUCUCCAGUGUCAGCGUAUUGUAAUAGUCAGAAAACGUUUUCCUCCAUAGGAAAGUCUUCAUAGUUUCUCAGUAACAUGACAAGCUGGUUUUUUUUGUCUUAUUAAUUUUAGACGUGUGAUAAAAAAAGAGAGGCUGGUGACGGAACGACUGUUUAUAGCUGCUAUAAAGGAAGCAAUAACAGGAACUAACUUGUUUCACAGAUGUUCCACAAGUAUUAAUCUCAACUAUAAAUGGAUAAAAAGUAUAAAAGUAUAAAACAUUUUUAAUGGUUGGCGAACUCCUCUGUGGUAGAAGAGGAAUAAAACACUUAGGGACGCGCUGUUAUUGGAAAAGAAUCAAUUUCAAGGUGGUAACGGUAACUCCGCUCCAUCAACCCUGCGUUGAUUAUUUUCCUCUAACAGCACAACAGAGUGCUUUACUCCUCACUUACAUCAUCAUUACUGAUAUAUUGCUAGGGCUCAGCUCCAAAAUCCCUCCUUCUUCAGUUUUCCCGGGGUAGAGCGGAGGCUGAACCGGUGCAGAGUCACGAACAGGCUCCAGUCAGUAAAUGUACCUGUACAGUGAGCUGUAGCGUAGGUAUAAAUGUAAGUUAUGUGAAUCUGAUAAACUGGUAGCUCAGUGUAAAAUCUCAUUAAAAACACUAAAAAGUCUUGUGCAUGUUGGUGAACUGUUUUCUUAGCAUAGAAUAAAUUAUUCUUGUAUUAUGAUUUUUAAAUCGUACCUUUUCUGUUGUCCAUUUUUCCCCCCAAACACCACACAAGAAUAAACUGUUCCACUAAGGACUAAAUGUUCAGAAGGUGAAGAUUAUAAUUAUUAUUAUUUUUUAUUUCUCCUGUUACAUCUGAUGUGUUUACUGAGUGAGUGAAGUUAUUGUUAUUCAGCAUUUUGUACAGACUCUUCAGUAUUUAUUUACCCUGGUAUCAGCUUUCUACUCAUAUUUCUUUCUUGGCUGAUUAAUAAAUCAUUCUUAGAAAGUUCCUGAUGAAUUCUCACAAGAUUUUUUUUUUUUUGAGUGUUUUUUUCUGGUACUGUUUAAUGUAAUGGCUUCACUGUUCAUCGUUCAAGAUCUGAGUGACUUUAUUUGUGGGGCUAUAAUUCCUUCAUAGUUUUGAUUUUUAAAAUGACUAAAAAUAAAUACAAAUAAAAAUACUGUUUUUUAAAUACUUCCGAUUUUUUAUGUAACUUUAAGAAGUACGUUUUUAAUCUAUUUCAAUUUUGU